UUGUAAUGUAUCUAAACUGUGUAAGUGUCUAUUACAAAAUCGCACGUUCUUUCCCCUUAUUUAGCCUAAGAAAAUGCAUGCAGUUACAUCAUUUUAUAUCGUAAAUAUACUCGGACUUUGUCUACAUUAUUGUGAAAUCUAAUGUCACGAAAUCUAACUUCUUUGCACUACAAAUGUCAAUUUCUAAUUAAUAUUUAAUCACAAAAUAAUAAAGUUAAGCAUCACCUAUUUCGUUCCCGACAGAAACCUUGCGGACUAUAGAUAGGACGGAGAUUUUGAAAGGUUAAUUCAAGGUUAUCACUGAGUAUCCGAGACUCUUUUCUAAAAAACUUUUUUUUAAAAAAAUUGUUAGCUAUUAACUAAUGUUUUUCAAACAACAUGAGAACAGUGUAAUGGUAACAGUGGAAACUGUAUAGUAACCAAUUUAAGAUUUGACAGCAAUUUUCUUAGAGUUUACCUGGCUGAAGUAAUCCCAAAUGACUGAGUUUAGUUUUGACUUAAACUGCAGAUUUGUAUGUCCUGGAAAAAAAAAGAAAAGAAAGAAAAAAACAGUCGGCUUCAUUUCCUUUCCCCUUCGUCUUAGAACUGAGAUUCAGUUAACACCCACUGAAUUUAUUUUCCCCACGGUACUCUGUCCUACAAUAUUAGUUAGAUCGAUAUAGGACGCUAAUAAACAUGACGGAUAUUGUCUUUAACGUAACCAUCCUUCAUUUAUCAAGUGUUUCGAAAUUUAGUACAUUUAUUGAUGAUAGUAAAUUACUCUAUCGUUUUCUUUACUUCAACCAAUAUUCAAAUUCAAAUGUCAAGGAAAGGUUGCCUUUUCUUCACUGACCAGCUUGUUGUUUAAGCCCCCAGCGAAACUAAAAAUGAAUCAUUGAAGAAAGGUAUUUUUUAAUGCCAAAAAGUAAUGUGUAUAAAGCAAAUUAAUGAAAAAAAAAAUUAAAAUUAAGGUAAAAAACGUACAUAUGCCCCGUGGCCAAAAACUUGAGUGCCUGCUACAGAAAUUCGGUUCCAGACAAACAGUGCUACAUCGCAAUUAGACAUUGUAUCGUAAUAUAGUCAUUAUUAAAAAAAGAAAAAAACGUUGUAUUAUCAUUUUAUUUUCUAAAUAAAUAGUCUCUGCAUUAUCUUACGAUUUAUCUUUGGGUGUUAAUCCCUACAUAUUAGUCGAAUUUAUCGCGUUGAAUGAUCUACUGACCGCUACAUUAAAAACGUUCUUCGCUUCCUUAUCUCCCCGUGCCAACAAAUUUUGAAGUCGUAUUGAUGUCGUAAUUAUUAAAUUAAGUUAUUCUCAAGAUGUGGUUUUGUACCGACAUUUUUGUUUAACCAUUGUUUGCACGCACAUUUUCACUUUCCAGAAGGAAAUUCUUCUUCAAAGCGCGGCCAGCCUCGUGGGUCAGCUGGGAGAAGAAGGUCUUCAUCCGAGUCAAGCAUCUCUAUAGAGACAGCCGUUUCUGGACUAAAUUUAAAAGGAGAACAUCUUGUUCCAGACUAUUCUCACUGGCGUUACCCUGGCAUGAGUGAAUGGGAUAUUAAUCAAAACACGUCUGAGGUAAAGUUUGAAACGCCUGAGCCAUCACUUGUUAAUUACUAUAUGACAUGAUUAACCGUGAAGAUCGCAGCAACAAAAUAAGUUUUUAGCGUGUAUUCUCUCUUGCGUGCUGUAAUCUAGAAGCUUUAUCGUGGGUAUAAUGGUUGAGUUGGGAUUGAGUGCAACGGCUUUCAAACGAAAGCGUGAAUUAAUGGUUAGCCGAGCUCCACCCAGUUUUUGAGGAUCGAAGGCUUUGACAGCUGUUCGUCACAUCACAGGGGGGACUCCAAAACAAUAAUAGUGAGGGGGAUGCUCUUCGUCUAGCCUCAGGGGGGAGUGUAAAUUGCAGAUUUUGGCCCCACUUAGGGUGUCUGGGACAGAAAGUCACUAUAUUUUCCCAUUAAGCUAUCGAUUAGAGCUUUGCGUAAAGAAUUUUACAAAAAAAAAAAAAAAAAAAAGCCGUGAUGUCUGUUUUACUGUGAUGGUCUCCUUUUGGGGUCAUUUUACGCUUGAGCCACACACACAUUGGUCUCUCUUAGGGGAUUAAUUCUAAUCUGGCGACGAGCAUUCCAGUCACGUUUAUAUAGAAGUCCCCCUGGUGUCCACUUAUAGCUGUCAGUUUAAAUGAAUCCACUCAAGCAAACUGUAUCGAAACACCUUAACUCCCGGAGACAACCACAACAAACCUCGUCCACAAGAACUUUACAAGAAGUGCACGUACUAUACAGCCUAACUUAUAUGUUAUUAAUUUAAUUUCUUUUCAGCCUUGGUAUUUGGAGAACUGGGACAUGUAUUUUCCAGAGGGUGUACAGAAUGAGUUUGGAUACUAGUUUUGCACUUACUAGAGAUCAGGAAAUCAUGUAUUCUGGUAAGGAUAAGUGAAUGCUAAUCGAGACUCGAUUUACGUUGUUUUCUGCAUGAACUCUUAGAGAGAUCCCAGGAAUGCCAUGUCACAUCAUCCUUACAAAAACAAAAAAGAAAGAACGAAAGAAAGAAACAAACAAACAAACAAAGAAGGAAAUCCAAGCAAGGUCAUAGAGGUUGCCAAUUGAUCAGUUUAUUUCAAGGCUUAAUUUUUUUUGCAGCUGGUUUUAGAAGAGAUUUUGAUUAAUUAAAACGUUUUCCCUCAACAGCUUAUAUAUACUCAAACCAUUUGCCUGUAAAUUGCUUUACAGAUGUCCAUGGAACAUGUCCUUUGCCUAGUUAUUUCAUUCAGGAUGGAUUUAAUGCAAUUAUGGAAAGUGACACAGCCGAUAUUUCAAUGUUAACUUUAGAACAGAACUCAGUUUCAUCAGAGCGUUAUUGUAGCGAUUCUGCACUACUCAGCAAAUCUAGUUUUGGCUCGUUUGUGCCUUUCGAAACUCCGCAGCUGAAAUAUGUGUAUAAUCCAAAUGCAAAAUAGCAGGCAGUGACAUGUACACAAAUAUUGGAACAUCUGACAUGCAAUUUCAAUAGAACACGUGUACUUCUGUACGUGUCUCUUUGUUAGACAAAAACUAUUUUACAUUUUAAUAGAACAACUGUUGUGCUCUAUUCUUUCAGCUUGAUUUACAGCAUGUGUUUUUCUAAAAGUCCAGGAACCGAAAUAGGGAGUAUUGUAUUUUCACCAUAAAGGAAAAGUCUUUUAACCAAUCGAAUUGUAACGCGUUGAUCAGCCAGCACGUGUAUUUUUGAAUAGGUUUUUUUGUUCCUUUGUGAUAAUCGAACACCUGUGUUUACUGUAGACUGUAUAAAAGUAGUGCUUAAACUGUUGUAUAUGGAUUACCUGCGAUGAUUACCUAGCCCGUGAUUACUUGCUUGAUUACGUACGAUUACAUGUGAAGUACUGUCUACGAGGUUUACUCUACAAUAAAGAAGUUACAGCAUUACAGAAAAGUAUCAGUUCUUGUCCAACCUUCGUACCUUGAGACGUGGAAAUUAGACCCUGUACCUCUGGCAGUAGUAACGAGUGCCAGCAGCGAGCCAGUCACUCUACCGAAUUGCAGUUUCCCCCGUCAAUAACCUCCAUUAGCAGAUCACUUUUUGCUAAUACUCGCUCCCUCGCGAAAAGCUUUAGUUCCGUUGUUUUCCUAGUUCGACGUUCCCGCCAAUUUGGUUUGACAGGCCGAAAAGCCUCUCGUUACACUGGUGGAGAACCUGGGCAUUUCUACCGUCUCUGCUGCGACCGGGAGGACAAAGUUGCAAGACAAGACUAC